AUGGCCUGGGAACACCUCGACAUCACCAAGCCGCACUUGGUGUACAUCAUCCUCGGCGGCUUCACCUCCCUCUUCAUGCUUUGCUCCUCCUUCAUCAAGGAGCGCAUGUACAUUGGCGAAGCCACCGUUGCCACCCUGUGCGGCGUCAUCUUCGGCCCUCACGCCGCCAACCUGAUUGAUCCCAACUCGUGGGGCAACGCCGACAUUGUCACCGUCGAGUUUUCCCGCAUCGUCCUCGUCGUCCAGUGCUUCGCCGUCGGCGUCGAGCUGCCCAAGUACUACAUGGAGAAGCACUGGAAGUCGGUCGUCUUCCUCCUGGUCCCCGUCAUGACCUUUGGCUGGCUCGUCACCAGCCUGCUCGUCUGGUGGAUGAUCCCGGCCCUCGACUGGCUCGAGUCCCUCGUCGUCGCCGCCUGCGUCACCGCCACCGACCCCGUCCUCGCCUCCUCCGUCGUCGGCAAGGGCAAGUUCGCCAAGCGCGUGCCCAAGCACCUGCGCGACCUGCUCUCCGCCGAAUCGGGUUGCAACGACGGCAUGGCCUUUCCCUUCAUCUACCUGUCGCUCUAUCUCAUCCAGUACCAGCGCAGCGCCAGGGAGGUCAGCUUCCACUUCAUCGUCUACGUCGUGCUGUACGAGUGCAUCUUCGGCGCCGUCUACGGCUUCCUCCUCGGCUACGUUGCCCGCCACGGCAUCCGCUUCGCCGAGUCGCGGGACCUGAUUGACCGCGAGAGCUUCCUCGUCUUCUACUUUGUCGUCGCCCUCUUCUGCGCCGGCUCCGGCAGCAUCCUGGGCCUCGACGAUCUCUUGGUGGGCUUCGCCGCCGGCGUCGGCUUCUCCAACGACGGCUGGUUCGGCAUGAAGACGGAGGAGUCGCACGUCUCCAACGUCAUCGACCUGCUGCUCAACCUGACCUACUUUGUCUAUUUCGGCACCAUCAUCCCCUGGGAGCAGUACAACGACGGCGUCUUCGGCAUGGUGGCCUGGCGUCUCGUCGUCAUUGCCGUCUUCGUCCUGCUCUUCAGGCGCAUCCCCGUCAUGCUGGCCCUCAAGCCCUUCAUACCGGACGUCAAGAACUGGAGAGAGGCGCUGUUUGCCGGCCAUUUCGGCCCCAUUGGCGUCGGCGCCAUCUUUGUCGCCAUGCUCGCCAGGGCCGAGCUGGAGCACUCCGAGCCCGUGCCCCUCGGGGAGAUUCCUCCUCCGGAUUCCCCCCACUACAAGCUCAUCUACCUGGUGUGGCCCAUUGUGACGUUUCUCGUCAUAUCGUCCAUCCUCAUCCACGGAUCGUCCAUCGCCGUCUUCACCCUCGGCAAGCGCAUCAACACCCUGACCCUGACCAUGUCGUACACGGCAGCCCCCGAGGACGGGCCGUCGUGGAUGAAUCGGCUGCCCAGGAUCUCGUCCCAGUCCAGGUCCAUGGCCAAGACCAUGUCGGAGGCGUCGUUUGACGACCUCAAGGAGCCGCCGUCCUUGCCGGCGGGCACCCUGGCACCUCCCACCGGCUUCCUGCGACGACAGAGGGACGAGGACGGCCACGGCCACCACAGCCGCCCCGGGAGCCGCGCCUCUUCUCUCGUUUCCAAGAAGCGGAGGCACAAGAAAUGGGACGACGGAAUCGGACCCGGCGGACCCAUCAGUCAGUCUGCCAUCUUCCCCAACCGGUCUCCUCAACCAGAGACGUCGACCUCGCCGUCGCCGCCCACCGGGGAGCCGGAUUCCACGACUCUGGCCAGCGACGAGCCCCGGGAGAAGCAGGAUGCAGAGGCGGAAAAACAGGCGUGCCAGCCGACAAGUCGCGCGCCCCACGUCAACGUGUACGAUGAGGGCCAUCGGCUGGUCUUUGAAAACGACGACGGCGACGUCAUUGACAUCCAGCCGAGUCCGGAAGAGGACCAAGACACCAAGCCGCCAGGGGCGCAGGACGAGGCCAGAGCGGAUGCGGCGAGACCGGGAGCUGAGCGCUGGGGGCUGGGAGGCCUGCGUCGUAAAGUGAGCGAGUAUUACACGUCGGAAAUGGCCAAACGAAAGGACAAGGGCAAGAGCGAACGACGGCACGAGCCAGCCCGGGCCUACCAGUUUGGCAACGCGAUUAUCGUUGAAGACGAGGAUGGAGAAGUCGUCAAGACGUAUGAGCUUCCGUCGUCGAAAUCCGACAACCAGGGAAGCCAUCUGGUUGGCACCGGCCUGAAAUACCUGGGACUAGGUUCACGUCGACACGAGGACAAGGAUGCAGCGGCAGCGGCCGAAGAGGGCCAAGCCGGGCCAAAAGCGUCGUUCAGGGCUGGCUGGGCUGGCUUUGGCCAACGCGGCGAGGCCGGCAGACGAAAGCAAGCCGCUCAGAAACAGCAGCAGCAGCAGCAGCAGCAGCAGCAGCAGCCGCCGCCGCCGCAGAAGAAGAAACCAGACGGCGUCGAUGACGGCGACGACCAAAAGAUUAGAUUCACCAUUGGCGGGGUAGGCAGGCGCAUGACAAAGGACGACUUCAUCCGCGAAAUGCAGAAGCUGGAUGCUGGCACCCGCAACCAGGUGGUCGACCGCUCCAGCGCCUCGACCGCCAUCAAGUCGGUGGCCAAGAAAGAGCCGCCGCCCGACCCCCAGUCGACCAAGACGCCGCAGGGCCAGGCCCGGGCCGUCGCUGCCGCCGUUCGCGAGCUGCAUGUAGGAAGCGACAGCAGCAGCAACGGCCAAGGCAGCGCUUCAGGCGGCAAGAGCUCGGGCUCGGGCUCGGCGUCGCCCCUGCGCCAGCCGGAGCAGCCUGCCGAACCCCCCCGCGGCAGACGCGACCGUUCGUCGUCGUCGGACCAGGAACCGGCGGAAACGGCCGUGGAACGCCGACGGCGCCUGGCCGCCUUGGCAGGUCAAGCCGAGGGCAGACUCAACAACGACGACACGGGCGAGACGCCGGCCGAGCGACGUCGACGCCAGGCCGCCCUGGGCAUCGGCAGCCUCGCCGCCGAGCAGGACAGCGACACGGAAGAUGAGGGAAUGGAGAGAGUCCCGCCAGCCAGGCGCGGCAUCCGAUUCGCAGAGCCCCAGAGAAAGUGGUGA